AUGACUCCACAAGAUAAACUUGCUGCGAAGCCACAAAAAGAAUUGGAAAAGAUGGAUGAUGCCUUAAAGAAGACAAAGGGAAAGCUGGAGUCAAAAGCAGCCAAGGCCCAGCGAAAAAAACUGGAGGCACUAAAGCAAAAGGAAAAGAAGAAAGAGGCUAAAGAACUUCUGAAGCAGGACAGCAUGUACAAUCGGUGGUUGGUGGAUAAUCUGACGCCGGAGGAUGUCUUCAGCAAAUUCAAGUUCGAUAUGCUCAAGAAAAAGUGA